AAGACGUCUGUCCACCACUCCCGACCGUGGACCGUGCUGUGGCAUGGGGUGCUGGCUGCUCAUGGCACCUCGAGGCCGAGCUCGCGGGACCAUGUUGGGCUGUGUGGCCCUGGUGGUGGCCCUGCGCAGGACUUCCGGCUUGGCGGAAACUGGUGCCUUCGCAGAGAGUUUUUCCCGUUCCCUUGAAGGAACACGGCUGCGAGUUCUUAGCUGGAAUGUGGCUGCCGUGAACAACAACCCCUUUGAGUAUUGGAUCACUCACCCGAAGAAGGAAUACAAGGCCCUCAUGGAGGCUGUGGAGCAGUUCAUCUCCGAACCUGGGGAGGUGGACUCCGGCAUUUCUCGGCCCGAUGAACAGCUCCAAGCUCCGUCCGGACUGACCGCUGAUGGGAUGGAUGACUCAGCACCGUUCCUCAGCCUGCGACUGCGGGAGGAGGAUCUUCUGGUACAUGAGGUCUUUACCGACCACAUGUUCCAGACCCUUUCUGCACGGAUGCGAUCCUCUGGAUUGGAAGCAGUUGAUGUGGCUGAGACAUUUUGGAGCCAAUACCGCACCCGGCGGAUCGUGAGCAAGUUCCUACGGGACCCGGUCAUCGGCAAGAAGCGUCUUGCCAGUAUGCCAGAUCGAGUCACCAACACCAUCCAGCUCCUCAAUGGCUGUACCUACAGGCCGUCGGUGGUGAACUGCUACCAGGGCCAGCUGAGCUCCUUGGAGGCUUGGUUCAGCCAAUGGUUGAGUUUCUUCUUUGAAGAAGAUGUUGACAUUGAUGGUUCUGGUUCCAAGAAGGUGUACAGCCUGUUGCAGAAGAUCCGCAGGGCCAAGUAUCCUGCUAUCAGUGAAGAGGAGGAAGCAGCGAGCAUCCCCUUGCAGCUGAUGAUGCAGGGAAUCUUUGAUGCCAUCCUCAUGCGCUUGAUGCUGGAGAAGGCAGGUGCUGCUUGGGAGGAACUCCGUCGGGAGAUCUGCGAAUCCCUCAACAGUAAGAAGAACGAUCUGAUCAAAGACAUUUUGCUUCAGACGUACAAGGAUGCUGACGUGCUCUUUCUCCAAGAGGCUGGCAAUCAGCUCUUGAGCUCGCUGCGCGAAGAGUAUAGCAGCACCUUCCAUGUAGCGGUGCCCAGGAGCUUCAGCAACGAACGGGCACAGAACUCGAUCGUCCUGUUAAGGCGAAGCAUUUUCGCAGCGCCAUCUGAGGUGGAGGUGCCUGCAGAAGGUUGGGAGCCAGGCGAUUUAUUGCUGCUCCGGGCGCAGGUGCUUGGUGGACCUGAGAUUGCACUUGCAUCAUUCCAUGGGGAUACCAACGGCUUGCUGACCAUCCCCAUGCUGUCCAAGGUAUGGCAACACUUGCCAGUCUCGCGGUUGAUCUUCGGAUUGGACGCGAACACCCACGAGAAGCGAGUUGAUGGCAAGGCGCACGUCUUGGACUUCGAAGAAAGCUACCGAAGCCUCGGGUUGAAAGCCUGCUGGGGUGAUGUGAGCCCGAAGCUCUACACGACCUUCAAUGCCAGGACCUACCUGCAGCCGCAGCUCAACAAGGCCUCCAAGAGCACUGAGCUUGAAGAGAAGGGCGAUCGCAACCCCAAGGACUUCAUUCUUUUCACGAAGCACUUCCAGGUGGGAGACGUGAUUCGGGACAACACAGGCCGGGGAGACUACGUGGAAGACAUGGUCUUCCCCACGCUGGAGUUCCCCUCGGACCACGCGCUGAUCGCUGCAGACCUGUUGCUGCUUGCUGAGCAAUCUGAGCUUUGAUGCGAUAAAUGGAGAAUCUGUUGGAAUAUCUGAUUGCAGACUACAAAUUGCAAAUCCUAGUAACAAGGACGCUAUUAGGUGGAGGC